AUGAUUUUCAACAUCAGUUUAUUAGUUUUAGUUAACAUCCUAUUAGCAGAAGGUGCAGAAAUUUUUUCAUACCACGGUCAAGAUUGUGGAGGUGAUCUGUCUGGAAAUAUCCAGUUAGAUGUAAAUACAUGCUACGGAAUGACUGGAGGUAACCAAAAAAGCUUGUACGUACUGAAUGAAUCUGAUGAUUAUACCGUCCAUGUUUGGUAUGGCAACAUGCAAUGCCAUGAUGCAGAAAGUGCAUUUUACAAUCAUAAUACAUGUUGUAACUUAGAAGAUGAUGAGUUUUCAGUAAUGGUCACUCGGGGAGAUAUCAAAAGUGCAAAUUUGAAGCCUCAAAAGAAUGUGAAGAUUGACAACUUUUUCUAG